CAAUUGCAGUGAAGAAGCGAAGCCACACUACCGCUGAGCUCUCUCUCUCUCUCUCCCGCCCUCCCUCUCUCUCUCUCUACCCGGCUCAUGACGCACCGUGCCCGGCUACUUACCGCCUUCUCUCCCGCUCCUUUUCCGGAAGGGACGAGGUGAUCCAGUCGGGGCAGGUGUAGCCACAAGACACCGAUGAAACUCGGCAUCGGCAGGCAAACAGCACCCUGAUGUCAGGCGCUUCUCAGCUGCUCCGGUCCUCAACCUUUGCCGGAUCUCUCGCUGCCGCUGCGGCCGAUUUGGAGCCGACACGUCCCGGGGAGCUUUGCCUUCACCACCCGGGUCAGAACACUUCUCUCCGGAGCUAAAGCAAAAGAAGGUUUCCCCCAGGGAGUAAGAGGAGAUUUCUCCAGUAGCCUCUGUCGCCUUUGCCGCCGUCACCAUUACCCCGCAUCCAGGCCUCCCGCGCGCCUCCUCCCCCUCGCGCAGGGCUGCCACAGAAGUGUUGGCUCCAUUCCAGGGAGGUGCCGAUCCUGCAGCCACGUCAGUCACGUCUUCACCGCUGGCUCCAGGGCGGCCCUUGUGGCCGAGAUGCCACUGCGUGCCAUGCCAAUCAGCAGUGGACGGUGAGGCCCAGGAGGAGGGGGCUGAGUGCAGGAAAGUGAGGGAGGGCAACUCGCACCAGGCUGGAGACAUGAACCUCUGCUGGAAUGAGAUCAAACGCAAGUCCCACAACAUUCGGGUGCGUCUGGAGGCCAUAUCGGACAACAGUGGGAAACUGCAGCUCUCGCUGCAGGAGAUCAUCGAAUGGCUGACAGCUAAGGACGAAGAGCUGUCCGAGCAGCUGCCAAUAGGGGGGGAUGUGGGGGCUGUGCAGCACCAGAGGGAGUUCCACCAGGCUUUCAUGGAGGAUGUCAAGUCUCGAGGGCCGUUCAUCUACUCAGUCUUGGAGGCCGCCCAGUCCUUCCUGGCUCAGCAUCCAUUCCAGGAACCGGAGGAGACCCUGGCUGAGGGCAAAGAGUUGUCGCCCCGCCGCCGGAUCUUGAACGUGAGCCGCUCUGUGUGGAAGCAAGCCAAUGUGGCUAGCGAUCUGUGGGAGAAGUUGACUGCACGCUGCGUGGAUCGACACAGACACAUGGAGAGGACUUUGGAGCGUCUCCUUCAGAUCCAGGCGGCAAUGGAGGAGCUUGCGGUGGCUCUGGAGCAGGCCGAGGGGGUGAGAGAUGCCUGGGAGCCAGUGGGUGACCUCUUCAUAGACUCCCUGCAGGACCACAUCGAUGCCACCAAGCUUUUUAAGCAGGAGAUAACGCAGGUGAAAGAGGGCAUGAAGCACGUGAAUGACUUGGCCCACCAGCUGGCUAUUUCCGAUGUCCAUUUGUCCAUGGAGAAUGCUCGCGCUCUGGAACACCUCAACAACAGAUGGAAAGUGCUUCAGGGCUCCAUUGAAGAGAGACUAAAGCAGCUCCAGGAUGCACACAGAGACUUUGGCCCCGGAUCACAGCACUUCCUCUCAAGUUCAGUGCAGAUACCAUGGGAGCGUGCCAUUUCCCCGAACAAACUGCCAUACUACAUCAACCAUCAGGCGCAGACUACAUGCUGGGACCACCCAAAGAUGACAGAACUGUACCAAGCACUGGCCGAAAUGAACAACAUCAAGUUCUCCGCAUACAGAACAGCGAUGAAGCUGCGGCGUGUUCAGAAGGCGCUUAGAUUGGACUUAGUGACGCUGAACAACCUAGUAGAGGUGUUUCGGGAGCAGGAGCUCCAUCAAGCGGAGCACGUAAUGGACGUGGUGGAGGUCAUCCACGGGCUAACAACGCUCUACGAGAGGCUGGAGGAAGAAAGGACUGUCCUGGUCAACGUUCCACUCUGCGUGGACAUGUGUCUCAACUGGCUGCUCAAUGUCUACGACAGUGCCCGCAACGGCAAGAUGCGUGUGCUGAGCUUCAAGAUGGGUCUGGUGAGCUUGUGCAACAUUGACGUCCAGGAGAAAUACAAAUACUUAUUCCGUCAAGUGUCUGGCACGGGAGGUUUGACGGACCAGCGUCACCUCAGCCUGCUGCUCCAUGAGGCCAUCCAAAUCCCCCGCCAGUUGGGUGAAGUUGCCGCUUUCGGUGGCAGCAACGUCGAGCCCAGCGUCCGCAGCUGCUUCCGUAUGGCCUCAGGAAAGCCAGCCAUCGAGGUGUCGCACUUCUUGGAGUGGAUGAGCCUGGAGCCCCAGUCUAUGGUUUGGCUGCCCGUGCUGCACAGGGUGACUGCGGCAGAGUCCACUAAGCACCAGGCCAAAUGUUACAUCUGCAAACAAUGUCCCAUCAAGGGUUUCAGGUAUCGCAGUUUGAAGCAGUUCAAUGUGGACAUCUGCCAGACAUGUUUUCUAACUGGACGCACAACCAAAGGGAAUAAGCUGCACUACCCCAUCAUGGAGUACUACACACCAACAACUUCGGGAGAGAAGAUGAGGGACUUCGCCAAGACUCUGAAGAACAAGUUCAGAUCAAAGCAGUACUUCACCAAGCACCCUCAGAGAGGAUACCUGCCCGUUCAGUCUGUGCUGGAGGCCGACACCUCCGAGACGCCUUGCUCAUCUCCUAAGCUUCCCCAUGCAGACACACACAGCAGGAUCGAGCAUUACGCUAGCAGGCUGGCGGAGAUGGAGAACCAGAAUUGUUCAUUCUUCACAGACAGCCUCUCUCCUGAUGAAAGCCUAGAUGAGGAUCAGUACCUCCUGCGUCACCCCAGCCCAGCCCUGGACAACGACUCGCCCUGCGGGCAACACAUGCUUCUGGCCCACCUGGAGCACCAGGACAAGGAGCAGCUUCAGCGCACCUUGGCCCGCCUGGAGAACGAAAACAGGGUGCUACAAAGCGAGUACAGGCGUCUGAAGUGGAAACACGAGGAGGCGGCAUCACUCCCCAUGCUGACUGAGGCUGGUGAGGGAGGUCCAGGUUCACUUGUUCACGGCCAGCAGGAGGAGGAGCUCCUGGCAGAGGCGCGGGUUCUCCGACAGCACAAGACGCGCCUGGAGACACGCAUGCAGAUCCUGGAGGACCACAAUAAGCAGCUGGAAUCUCAGCUGCACAGGCUCAGAGAGCUUCUUCUCCAGCCCAAAGAAGAUUCAGAGGCCAACGGAUCUGAACCGUCAACCUUGUCGUCUCCUGUGUCUGGAGGGGGUCAACAAGGGGGUGCGGCCAGCAGAGAUACCACUGACACAGAAGCAGCAGCGUGUGUGCUAGGUGACGACAUGGAGUAUGAGCAGGACACAGUGCUGCAGCUCCAGGAGGUCAUCGAGCAGCUGAGAAACGUCUUCCCAUCUGAACCAGGCACCAUGUCCCACAUCUAGCUUAAAUAGGACCAAAGGGUGCACCGGUGCUGCUUGGCCCAGCCCAUUCAGCUCCACCAGCCACUGUGACCGCUGCAGCAGCUAAAUCCUCGACUGGAUCUCGUCUCUGCACAGAGAAGCCUUUUUAUCAUGCAAACUGCAUAAGGCUGCUGGGCCUCCGCUCGGUGUGGGCCAAUGGGCCAGCCAGAGUACAACUUGUGUCAGCCGAGUGAAGGGAAGACACGAUCAUGGUCAUCAGUCGUCCUUUGAAGAUUUAUACAUCACUGCACAAAUAGUGGACCUUCAGAAAGCGAUGUCGGACUUUCAUGUUUUGGUGGCGUGCCACCGCCCGCUUAUUUACGCUGUGAGAGUGACACAUCAUCAGUUAAAUCCAUAAUGUAAGACAGCCAAAGUGCCCCCGAGCUCAGCGCCACUGUUUGCACACACUGUGUUCUGCGAAUCCUCUCAAAUUGUUUGCCUCUGUCAUUCCCUUACCGAUCCCAUUCCGCCCAUACACACACACACACACAUUCUCCCCUGCUCGUCCUUUUUUGUGUCGUAUGAUCUUUCGUACCAACAAUCAAUGAAGCCAAUCGCAGAUUAUACAAAUGACAUUCACAGUCAAUUAUUUCAGAACUUCCUGGUAAUCUCAUUUCACUACAAGUUUCCACCAAGCAGCACACUUCUGUCCAAAUUGGAACAAAAAUGGUGACCCUUUUUCAGCUUAAGUGAUCAACCAGAUGUCAUUGCAGCAAACAAAUAUGGAGUAAAGGAAAGACACAGAAUGCACGAUGAACUACACUUGGUACCCAAACUUUAUUCAACUAAUACCGUCAUACAGACUCUGGCUUUUUAGUCAUGUUUCUUCUCGGUUCUACACGCCAAGGUACCCUUGAUUAUUAUUAUUUUUUUAUUACAGAGUGAAAUAUAGUAUCAAUAAUAUUGAUUAAUAAUACUAUUUAACUUGUUUAUUUAUGUAUCUGCUUCUUGCCCUUUUUAUUUAUUUAUUCAUGAUGUGUCUAUCAAUGUAUUAAUUUCAUUACCAUUAUUCAUUAAUAUAUAUAUUUGGUUCAUGUUUUUUUUUAAUCUUUAUCUUAAUCUUUUUAUUUUAUUUGAUUAUGCCACAGGCGACUGUAUUCCCAGGUCAAUUCCAGACACAUCACUAUGUGACUAAGCUCCUGCUGCUCCAUUCAAAUUUGGAAAGAAUACAGUACAUAUAGUACGUCUAGUAUAUUCCAUUGUUAUUGUGCUGGUGUUUGCCUAAAACGUUCGAGGAUGCCUUAUUUUGGGGUUGACUAUUGAUGGAAGGAGGUUGCAGCAGGCACGUGCAGCACAGCGAGCAUUUAUGUGCAUACAUACUGUAUACAUACAUACAUAUACAUACAUACAUACAUACCUGUAUGUGGGAAUCCACAACAAAAGUAAGCAUUUGCCUGUGCUGCUCAGAGGGACUCUUUGAGCUCUUAGAGAGAACGUUUGUUGCCAGGGGGGCUGACAGGCGUGAUGCACUUUGAUGGGCUUGUCAGUGCAGUGUCGUAAGUUUGAUUUCAUUGCACAACAAAAAACAUAAAAUCGAGAAUUUUGACCCCUUUAAAAUGCCACUGUGACCCUCAUUCAUUCGCUGCAUUGGCAUCAACCUGCCAGCUGUGUUACAGUUGCUUGGCAACGCUCCCGAAGGAUGCAGCUGCACAGGUUUGUGAGCAGUAAAGGCGAUGCUCAUCAUACGUAUGCAUGACCAGCCUUAAGGAGAAGGCAACGACAGCACUUUAGCUGCUAAAGGCCGACUCCACUCGACUCCGCUCUCAUCAUCAUCGUUUUCCAUGCUGCCAUCACUUUGCUUUACUAGUAGGAGUUAAUAAACAAACAGAAGAACGUGUUUAUUAGUGGAUGAUUUAUUCAUAUUACAUAUAUAAGGUAGGUAGGUAUGUACUUAUCUACCUAUAAAUUCCAUGGAGAGUAAGUGAGAUGAAAAAGAAAGAAGAUGUUCACAUCAAACAUGUUUGAAGUUCAAAUGUAAAACAUCAUUAUUGGAUAAAUUGUUUAAUUACUUCACAAUAUCUACAUACAUACAAAAUGUGUAGUUAUAGUACAUCUAAUUUAUAUAGUAGCACUUUUCUAGGUUAUUUUUAAAAUCUUGUUUAUCUUUAGCAAAACUGACAAUACCACCAUAAAGUAUUGUCUUUUUAUAGAUGGAAUUCUGUUGGAAGGCAGUUGGUAAUAGAGUACAUUGUUUUAAUAUUCAUUUAAUUAAAUUACCAUUACAAUACUAAUCUUACUAUUUAUUCAAUAAAAUAAUAAAUGGAAAAUGAACAAACUAAAUGUGAUUUUUGUGUGAAAUCCUACUAAAUUCUCAUGAGAACAUAAAAAUAAAAGACAAUAAAUAUAUACUUCAAUAACUACAGAUACUACAGACAAAACGUCUUAAACAUUGUGGAAAUGCUACAGAAAGUCUAUUUCUUUAGAUUAUUAUAGUUGUUUUGCCAUAAGUAAGUUUAGGGUGAUUAAUAUUUGAUAACAUUAAUUAGUCCAAUGCUGUUAACCAAUUACAUAAAUAUAUUUGUUAAAUGACUAAAAUAAUUGUAACAUGGAGUACAUGCAGUAAUAUAUAUACUAUAUAUAUAUAGUUAUAUAUUAUAUAGUUUUAUAUAUACUAUAUAAUUCUAAUUAUGGUGCAUUUUCAUAUUAAGUCCGAAUAAAUUAUUCACACAUGCUAACCCAACGUACUAAAAGCUAUGUUUAUGUUUUGUUCGGAUUCUUUACAUGACCAAACAGGCAAUCUCUUGUUCGAUCUUAAAAGUGCACCCGAGAUAUUUUUCAUGUGUUUUUAUUGUUCCAUGGUAACAAUAUACCUCAUGAAUCAUUUCCACGUGUUCAUUUGAUGGCUUGAACUUGUCACUCUUAAUACGUCUUUGAAUAUGUCCAAACACUUUCAACUUGUAAACACAAAAGCAAGCGGUGGCUGAAUGGCGGCUUUCUACUCCGUGUAUACAAAUAAAAACUUUCUAUUUGUCUUCCUAUGUGUGUUGUUAUUGUAUUGUGUUGUUGGGCAGUAGAAGGAUGACUUCUAAUGACUCUGUGUUUAUAUUUGGGUGAGCUUGUUGUGGAAUCAACACGCUCACUUUAUUGCUAUCCCCUGACUAACACCACGUCCUGUUUAGUUCUCCCGGUAUCAAGGGAUUAGCAUUUGACCUUCCUUGUGGACUUACUUGUUUUUAAUGUAUUUUUUUUCCUCUCUGUCCCCUCUUAAACCAAGAGGUAGCCAGGGAAAUUCUGGCCACAACCAGUAAACAGACCACAUUUCAGCAGCCUGUCCCCUCUCAAAAACCAUCUCGGCAAGGGUUAUUGUUGUAUUUUGUCAUUGUCUGUCCCAUCUCAACCCAUAUCGUAGAACAAGUUAUCAGCAGUUGUUGCCUUGUAUUUUUUCCCCUCCAACUAAGCUAAACCAAUAAUUAUCACAUGUUCUACUGCCUUGUUUUAUGUCCUUGAUUGCCAUUUGACCUUUUUUGCCACUUUAUUUUAUGCUUAUUUCACUGGAUUCUCCAUCAGUGGCCUGAUCGUGCCUUUCUUCUUCCAAACCACCAUUAUCUACUGGAGGGUCAACUACAUUAUCAUCAUCAUCAUCAUCGCCUGCUUGAUCUUUACUGCCCUGCAAACGUUCAUCUUUUUGACAUCCCUUUCGAGUCCCCCACUUCUCCUGAGUGGCAUCCCAAUAGGUCUUGUUCUGGUGGGCGUGCAUGCUGCGGACGUUCUCCCCCAACUUCUUCAGCUCCUGGCGGACAAAAGACUUGAACGUGGGCUCUUGCUUCUCUACAGCAGCCAAGUCCCGCCGAGCUUCCUCCUCGUUGCACAAGGCGGCGUGUGCCCGGGCCCGUUGGUACACCGCCUUGAAGUGACCUGGAUAGACAAGCACAGAUGUACAGUGUUUUUGAGCUUUAAAAUGCUAAAUUACAAGAAAUUUGAAUAUGUGCAAUACAGUCCUCCCUUGUUUAUCUUGAUUAAUUUGUUUCAGACCCGACCACAAUCAGUGAAUAUUCCCAAAGUAGUAUUGAAUAUUAAAGGAAACCUAUUAUGCUUGUUCCCGUUUUCUGACCUAUAAGUGUUGUUAGAAUAUUAUCAUUAUCAAUAUUAUUGUAUUAUCAUGUUAAAUGGUGUC